AUUUAUAAUUAAACGAUUAUUAAGAAAAGUGAGUGUUUUUAAAAACCAUGUAAAAUAUAUUUGAUUCUUUUUGUUAUUGCUUAUAAGGUAUAAUCUAUGCACAAUAAAACAGUCAAUAACUCAAAAUUAAUCGUAAAAAAAAAGCGUUAAAAGAAGCCAUAUAAAAUGGUUGUUGUGCGUGCACUUAAAGACAUUUUGAAGAUAAAACUAAAAACUCGCCACGACGAUGCAUGUGACCAAUUUAGUCGGCUAUUCAUGACAAGGGUGCUUCUUAUAGCGAGCUUCCUUACAGGGUUCAAUUACUUUUCAGACAAAAUUUCAUGUAUUAUUCCACCAGGAAGCAACCUCUCUCCAGAUUUUGUGCAUUCGGCCUGUUGGAUUUCAGGUUUUUAUAUUUACGAAGAAAUGAAGAACAAAUUAAGCAUGAGCAGCUACUACGGGAUCCCUCAAAAAAUUACCCACGAAGGUUUAACUGAGGAUGAAAAGUUAUGUUUUGUAAGAGAUAUUUAUGGGAGAGAUCAUGAAUGUAUACCAAUGACCAAAAUAUUUUAUCUUCAGUAUCAGUGGCUUCCUUUUUAUAUUGGUACAAUCUCUUUGCUGUACUACAUGCCUUACAUAUUUUACUCAAUAGUCAACACUGAUAUUAUUAGUUUAAAAAAAGCCGUUGAUUCAUCAUCAGGUGACGUCGACGCAUUGGUUAAAAACUACUUUAAUUAUAAUAUCAACUCAGUUUUUCGGCUUCGACUUCGAGUUUUUUUAAACGUUGGAGUAAAAUUGUUUUACUUGGUCUGCAACUUGUUUGGGUUUUAUUUCACUGAUUAUUUGUUAUUGGGAAAUUAUUUGUCGUACGGUUUUGAGUACAUAAAGUGGUCAAAGUUAAAUUCAAGUAAAGCUCAUGAAUUUGUUAACGAUAGACUAACUCCUAAACCAGGUGAGGUUUUGCUUCCUUCAAUGGGGUUUUGUGAGAUUUUUGAAGCUUAUAAAGAAACCACUGUUGAAAAACAAAACGCUAACAAAUUUAUUUGUGAAUAUUCAACAAAUAUCUUAAACCAGUAUGUACUCAUUUUGCUAUGGUUUUUCUUUGUUGCUGGAAUUUUCAUUUCAGCAAUUGGCUUAGCUCGAAAUGUAACUGGUCAUGCCUACCAACUAUGGUGUGUCAGAUGCAUAGGUGGUAUAAAACGAUCAAAAAAGUCAAUAACUUGUUAUAUUACUUUGAGAGAAAUCGAGUACUUAGAAUUCAUGAAAAAAAGUAAUAUGGUUUUGUACGGAGAUGUUUUACGAAAGUUAAGACAAUUAAGACCUGACUUACACGGCAAAAUAGCGGAAGGAUUUGAGACAAGUAAUGGUUUUGUGUAAGAGCUGGUUUCCUUUAAGACUAUACAAAUAACAUAUGUAACAACAACUUAAAAGGAGUGUAUAUACCAAUGCAAGGGAUUUCGCACACGUAAAACGUGAAUUGUAAUUCUAUUUAAAGUUAAAAACAGUAGAAAUCAACAUUAGUCUAUUAUAUGCCAUGGAAGUUUGAAUGUUCAUAAAGCAUGGAAACCAGCCAUAGGCUAAACACUUUCCAACAUAAUGUGAAGAAAAAUGAACAGUUAAAACUUAUAAUAUAUAUUUGUAAAGAUAUAUUUUGUUUAAUUAAUAUAUUAAUAAAGAAAA